AAAAAAUUCCCAAUACUCCAUAAACCACACAAAAAAAAGCUCAAUUACCAGACCUCCAAUGGCGAAUCAACCACAAAAAAACUAGGGUUUCGAAAAAUUCAAAUUCCAAUCGAUCGAUAGAUCAUCCAAAAAAUGUCUACAAAAAAGGAAGCUCAAUCUCUCCUCCUCGGCCGAUACGAGGUCGGAAAGCUCCUCGGACAUGGAACCUUCGCGAAGGUCUACCAUGCCCGAAACAUCCAAACAGGCGAGAGCGUGGCGAUCAAAGUCAUCGACAAAGAGAAAAUCCUCAAAGGCGGUUUAAUCCCUCACAUCAAGCGCGAGAUCUCGAUUCUCCGUCGCGUUCGACACCCAAACAUCGUCCAACUUUUCGAAGUCAUGGCCACAAAAUCCAAAAUCUACUUCGUCAUGGAGUACGUUAGAGGCGGUGAGCUCUUUAACAAGGUCGCCAAGGGGCGCCUCAAAGAAGACCUAGCUAAAAAAUAUUUUCAGCAAUUGAUCUCAGCAGUAUCGUUUUGUCACACUCGCGGCGUUUAUCAUCGUGAUCUUAAACCUGAAAAUCUUUUGUUAGAUGAAAAUGGUGAUCUUAAGGUGUCUGAUUUCGGACUCAGUGCUGUUUCCGAUCAGAUUAAGCAGGAUGGGUUGUUUCACACUUUUUGUGGAACUCCGGCGUAUGUUGCGCCCGAGGUUCUCGGCCGAAGAGGGUAUGAUGCGGCUAAGGUGGAUAUUUGGUCUUGUGGGGUGAUUUUGUUUGUUUUGAUGGCUGGGUAUUUGCCUUUUCAUGAUCAGAAUAUCAUGGCAAUGUAUAAGAAGAUAUAUAAAGGGGACUUUCGAUGUCCUCGGUGGUUUUCGCCGGAGUUAGUUCGAUUGCUUACUCGUUUUUUUGAUACAAACCCUAAUACCCGGAUUACAAUCCCCGAGAUUAUGAAAAACAGGUGGUUUAAAAAGGGUUUCAAGGAUAUUAAGUUUUAUAUUGAGGAUGAUAAGUUGUGUAGUGUUGGAGAUGGGGAUGAGGAGGAUGUUGGGUCUGAGUCUGAUAAGUCAUUGUCUGAAUCGGAUUCUGAAUUGGAGUAUCGGAGGAGACCCACUUGUUUGCCAAGGCCGGCGAGCUUGAAUGCCUUCGAUCUUAUAUCGUUUUCGGCUGGUUUUGAUUUGAGCGGUUUGUUUGAAGAGGGAGGAGAGGGGACAAGGUAUGUUUCAGGGGCGCCCGUGUCGAGGAUUAUAUCAAAAUUGGAAGAGAUUGCGAAAGUUGUGAGCUUUACGGUGAGGAAGAAGGAUUGUAGAGUGAGGUUGGAAGGGUCUAGGGAAGGUGUGAAAGGGCCAUUGACAAUUGCAGCUGAGAUAUUCGAAUUAACGCCCACAUUGAGGGUUGUGGAGGUGAAGAAGAAAGGAGGGGAUAGAGAAGAGUAUGAGGAAUUUUGUAGCAAGGAAUUGAAACCCAUGUUACAUAACCUUGCCAUGGAAGAAUCAAUACCUACUUCACAAUCUCUACCAGAUUUUUCACAAUUGCUUUUGGAUAAUUCACAGUCCCGUGCGGGUUCUUCAAACUCGCUUUUGGAUACGUCACUGUCGCUCCCGGGUUCAGAGUUGCCUUCGGAUACUGAAUAAAAGAGAGAAAGAAAAGGUUGGGGGAGUACAAAGGAGAAUGCAAGAAAGUUUGUAACCAAGCUGGAGCCAGAGGGUUGCAAGUUUUUUGUAUUGGAUGAUUUGGAUGUUUCUUCACAUUGGCCUUUGUUGAGUACAGAGAAAGAAGGGAGAAUGGUACGUCUUUUCUCUCUUUCUCUUUGUCUUUGCCUCGGUUUCGGUGGAAAUGCUUUGCAUUUUUUUUUUUUUUUGGUUUUUGAAGCUCAAGACUUCUCUAGAUCAUCUAUAUACUUUUUUUGGAGGCUAAGUGACUGAAAUAUAGAGAAGGGAAUGCAUUCUUAUGUUGGCUUCUUGAUGAGUGAUUGUAUCUUUUUCACAUGUUUAUAUCAAGAAAUGAGGAAAUCAUGUUAUUUAUGGUAA